CCGGCCGGACGAGGGACCGGACGAGGGACCGGACGAGGGACCGGCCAGUCCCGGCCAACCCUGGACGGCCGCCGCCAGCCGCACUGGCACAGCGCGGACCGCAGCCUGCGCAGCGCGGCCAUGGGCGAGUGGGGCUUCCUGAGCUCUCUGCUGGACGCGGUGCAGGAGCACUCGCCCAUGGUGGGGAGGUUCUGGCUGGUGGUGAUGCUCCUUUUCCGCAUCCUGGUCCUGGCCACGGUGGGCAGCGACGUCUUCGAGGACGAGCAGGAGGAGUUCGUCUGCAACACCCAGCAGCCGGGCUGCAAACCGGUGUGCUACGACGCCGCCUUCCCCAUCUCCCACUACCGCUUCCUCGUCUUCCACGUCGUCGUGCUCUCGGCCCCGGCCGCGCUCUUCGUCAUCUUCGCCGUGCACCAAGCGGCCAAGCCGGGGCGCGGGGGUCAGCGCGCCCGCCGCCUCCAGCCCUUCUACGUGGGCAGCGUGGUGGCACGCAUCGCGGCCGAGCUGGGCUUCCUGCUGGGGCAGGCGCUGCUCUACGGCUUCAGGGUGCAGCCCCUCUUCGUCUGCCGCCGCCGGCCCUGCCCGCACCGCGUCGACUGCUUCGUCUCCCGCCCCACCGAGAAAACCGUCUUCAUCCAUUUCUACUUCGUGGUGGGGCUGGUCUCGGCGCUGCUCAGCCUGGCCGAGCUCGCCCACCUCCUGCGCAAGGGACCCCCGCCCCGCGGCGGGUGCUGCCACCGGCCGCAGGAGCGGGGACCGGCCCCCGGGCAGCCAGCGGGAGCCACGGAGGAACCGUGUCACCCCAGCGCCUCCCCGCCACGGGGGGACCUGACCGUAUAGCUGCCAUCGCUGGCACGAGCUGUGGCUGUUCUCAGCCUGGUGGGAGCCGUGGAGGAGCCGCAUCUCCCCAGCGCCUCCCUGCCACAGGGGGACCUGACCGUGUAGCCGCCAUCGCUGGCACGAGCUGUGGCUGUUCUCAGCCCGACCGGUGCCCAGCGGGCGGUUGCAGCCCUGCCGGGGAAGCAGGGCCGGGCUGUGCCCCGGUGCCCCCGGUUCCUGUUGUGGGCGGUGGACAGGCCUCACCCGGCAGCUGCUGGAAAAAAAAAAAAUAUGGACAAAAGGAAAACAAACAGGUCCCACCAUCCCUGAGCAGCGGCAGGGACACCCCUGACCUCCCCCCCACCCCCAAGCCUGGCACAAUGUAGGGAGGGGGCCAGGGCUGCCCCCACACCCUGUGCUGGGGGUGUCAUGAGUGCAUCGGGGCUCUGCAGGCCAAGGCUGGCCCCUGGCAUUGCGGGGUGGGGGGGGGCGCAGCUGCAGCGACCAGGCUGGGAAGGGCAGAGCUUUGGGGAUGCUGGGGGGGGGGGGAAUGGGUGGGGGGUGACCCCGAAGGACUCUGCCCCAACCCAGCCUUUGGGGACAGCCAGAAUCAGGGAGGGUGAAUAGCUGGGGGGCAGUGAAGGGGUCCCUGCUGCCCCCCCCCCCCCCCCCCAAUGAAGAACCCCCCCAGGACUUGGGGUGCCGCAGAUUGGACCAUGUCCGUCCCCCCCCCCCCCCCGGUGCCCCCACAGCAAGAACGAGCCAGGCACUAGAAUAAAUAAACUUUAUUCUGGAGC